AUGGCUGCCGAUCACGGCGACAGCAGCAAAGCGAAGAAUGCCGAGCCGUCGGAGAUAAAUCACAGCGGGACGGAAUCAGCCAGUGAAAUGCGGAGUGAGCAGGAAUCUGACGGACAGGGGGAGAGAAAUCCUUCAGGCAAUGAACCUUCCGGAAGCAACAGCGACGCGUCGGCUUCUAAAACAGGAACGAAGCCUGAAGAAUCAGCAAAACAGACUGCAGACAAGGAGAAGACAGGGGAAGGAGGGAAGGAAGGGAGAGACGGGAAAGAAGGGGGAGGAGGGGAAGAAGAGGCGGAGGAGGAAGAUGAGAUUGACCCGCAGAAUCCGCGAGGUCGCUUGCUGAUGGCGAAGCACGCAAAGUACAUAAAAAACCUGGACAAAAAAACAGAGGGGAUCGAGUACGUGGCAACAGAGCAUCUGAGGAUGAGCGGGGCCUACUGGGGUUUGACAGCGAUGGACCUCAUGGGGAGACUGCAGGACAUGCACAGCCCCGCCAUGCUGCCCUGGCUGCUCUCCUGCCAGCAACCAGAUGGUGGUUUUGGCGGCAGCAAAGGGCAUGAUUCUCACUUGCUCUACACGCUCAGUGCCGUCCAGAUCCUCGCACUACUGGACAAAUUGGAUGCUGUGGACGCCGACCGCAUUGCCGCCUAUGUAGCAGGGCUACAGCAGGCAGAUGGGUCGUUUAUUGGAGACGAAUGGGGGGAGGUGGACACUCGCUUCUCCUACUGCGCCAUCUCCUGCCUCUCUCUCCUCGAUCGCAUGCACGCCAUCGACCUCCCCGCAGCCGUCCGAUUCAUCGCCAGCUGUCAGAACUUCGACGGCGGAUUUGGUUCAGUUCCGGGCGGCGAGUCACAUGCAGGGCAGAUCUUCUGCUGUGUGGCGGCACUGGCAAUAGCUGGUGCACUCUCAUUGGUGGAUCGGGAUCUCCUUGGCUGGUGGCUGUGCGAACGGCAGGUGCCGUCAGGGGGACUUAACGGCCGGCCUGAAAAGCUACCAGACGUGUGUUACUCCUGGUGGGUGCUCUCCAGCCUGGUGCUCAUCGACAGGGUGCAUUGGAUCAGUGCAGAGAAGCUUCAGCACUUCAUACUGCAGUGUCAGGACGAGGAGAGGGGCGGGAUCUCUGACCGGCCAGACGACAUGGUGGAUGUGUUCCAUACCUUCUUCGGUAUUGCUGGCCUGAGUCUGUUGGAGUACCCCAAUCUCAAGCCACUAGAUUCUCGCGCAAUGGCUGCCGUGUCGCUCUCUUCCUCCCUCAGCAGCCUCGCUGGCGCGAAGCUCGCUGUCGCGCAGUCCGCGUCAGCCAAGUCCUCCCGUGUCCAGGCAGUGCGUUGCGUUGCGGGACCUUCCGCUUCUUCCGCCGAGAAGCGCGCAGAGGGGAAGAGCAUCUGGGAGAAGAUAGGAACCGGCGUAGCGGCGUUCGGACUCGCCGCAGCGCUUCAACUGACUCCGUCAGCCGUUGACGGAGCAAAGGCCGACGAGUUCGCGAUCCUGCGGUCGCCGCCGCCGCUCGAGUCGCACUAUUACGACGAUGCGAACGUUCUCAGCAGAAUCACGCGGUCGGACAUUACGAAGCUUCUGACGGAUUUGGAGGAGCGGACUGGCUACCAUAUUGACGCUGUAACCCUUAGGAAGAUUGCGGGCAAGGGCGACGUGUUCGAGCUGGCGGAUAAGAUCCUCGAGUCGUGGUACCCCACGGUGGAGGAGGGCGACAAGCGCGGCGUCGUUCUCCUCGUCACCUCGCAGAAGGAGGGCGCCGUAGCGGGCGGUCCCACCUUCGUCGACACGAUCGGGGAUGACGUCUUCGAGGGCAUCGUUUCUGAGAAUCUCCCAGUCCUGGCCACUGAGGAGCGUUACAACGAGGCCAUGUACUCUACAGUGAAGCGCCUUGUAGCGAGGAUUGAUGGGCAGCCGGACAUUCCGGGGCCUAAGUUUAACGACGCGAAGCGGGAAUCCAACUACAAGACGCGCGAGGAGACGGAGUCGAAGCGCGACCAAUUCACGACGGUCGUGGGGGGUCUGCUGGUUAUCGCGUUUGUGGUUCCAAUGCUCCAGUAUUACGCAUACGUUGCUAAGAAGUGA